CUUCCUCCUUCUUUUAGACUUAGCUCAACACUCCAUUAAUGGAAGGUUGUAUAAUGUAAUGGUGAGGAGAGCCUAAUGAGAAUUGAGAGGGCUUGGACAUUAGCAUAAAAAGUCCCGUGGUUUUCUCCCUUUCAGGUUUCCACGUAAAAACUGAGUGUUUAUACAUAUAUUUACUAUAUCCUGUUGGAUUAAACUCAACACCGGCGCCGUCUGUGGGAAUCUGUCAAAAAAGAUUCAUGUAUUCUACUGUUCUUGAGUUUCUACGGGAAAAAUUGAUACGAAAAGCUACUGAUUUCAACAAAAAAAAACAAAGAAUAAAGAUUCUGGAAAGCAAGCAGGAGGAAGAAGGUUCGACAUGACCAAAGAAAUCUUUUCUUGGGAAAUGGAGGAAGCUACGAAAUCUGGAAGUCAAAAUCUGAAUUUUCCAGAUCUGUUUUGAGGUCGCCGGAGCCGCUGUCACCGUCGACGCCGGCGUGGAACCUCCGUGAUGUUAGCCUGCACCAGACGAGCUCGCUGCAGCGCUCCAGACCUCGUGACACCUGCAACACAGUUGCUCGUCGCUCACGACUGUUUCCACCGUCUCAGUCGCCGCACUGCCGCUCGACGCCAGCGGUCAACCACUGAUUACUCCUUCACCUGGUUAGUCAUGGUUCGAGCCUUCACCGGCCAUCCCGUUCUGCCGACGCGACUUGAGGACCUACCAACUGGGAGUCCCUUGAUUUCCGCCAUUAAUGGUGAUGUGGGGAGGAUAUGCUACGAUUCUAGGAAGUCCGGCCCAUGUUCCGACGGAGACCACCCUUCCGGCUGUCUUUGCUCUGCUGCAACCGCCAUGUCCACCGUCGGGGAGCAAUAGCACGUACGGCUGGCCUUUGUGCUGGUCAAUGGCAUAUUUCAUUUGGUAGCAAAUUGGCCACGACGAUCCGUUAAGAUGAGGACAGCAGACAUAGUCUCAAAUGGAUAAAUGAUGAAUCCUUCCAUUAUUUUGAGUGGUCAACGAUCCGGACUCCAAAAGCUAAGUAUCGUAACUACCACACUUACGUAUUAAGAUUUACUUCUCCAUAUCAAAAUAUUAGUAUUGUAGUUUUAUCACCAUUAUUUAAUAGGGAGUAAGGGUUCCCAAAAUUAAAUAGUGAGAGCGAUGCUCUAGUGAUAAUUAUUUUCACCGUCGUUUUAAUUAAUGAUGGGUUAUUGUGGGCCCGUUGGCCCGCUCCCGAUCGGCUUUCAUUAGCGAACGCAGCGUAUCUGAAUGACUUAUGGUAGGAUAAUACUAUUAUUACUACCCGUACAUCACUAUUAUUUAUUAGGGAUAAAAAUGUCCCAAGAUUAAAUAAUGCAGAGCGAAGCUCUAGUGAUAAUUAGUUCAACCAACUUUUUUAUUAAAUAUUUAAUUGUUGGGGGGGUCGAUUAGCCCACUCUCGAUCGGCUUUGAUUAGCGAUCUGAGCGUCUCCAGAGGGUAGUGUCCCGAUGACGCGUUUUAAUUUGGGGGUUACGCAAUAGUCCGCACAGCACUACGUGCCCGAUCGACGAUCGUACCCUAGUACCACCUGCGCCACUAGGCGAAGUGACUGUGCCAAACGCGGUCUGUGGGGCCCGAGGGCACCGAAGCGCUCAACCUCGUUUUCCAAGGGCAGUGCGACCAACUUGGGUCUGAGUUUGAAAACUCACAGACCGAUGAAUAUCUCUAUGAGACGCUCGGCGGGCUGCUAAUUGGCCCCGCCGCGAGCUGCGACGUCCUUUAACCCCACACGAUGAGCCGGGCCGAGGGUCACGAUGACCCAUAGGCCGGUAAUCGUGGAUGUUAAAGAGAAAGCCAUGCAGAUGGUCAUGCGUGCAUAUUUAUUGUCGGGCCGUGCGGCCCGUUACCAUGCUUAUUGCGCAGCUGAAGCCACUCAACGCGCUUGAGCGAAAUGAUUAGAAGACGCUCGGCCCGAGUCUUGAAGACGUUCAGGUCCAGCUAAAGAGGAGACCAUCACGGCUGAGGACCGUGAGACAAGCAUCUCCACCCCAGAGACCGAUAGCCUAGGAGAGAACACCUAGAGGCCGAGGGUCUAGAGUGGACUACCACGGCGGAGGACCGUGAGACGAUCAUCCAUCAUUCAGAGGCCGAGGGCCUAGAGGAGACCAUCACGGCCGAGGGUCGUGAGACCAUCCUGAUUUUCAGGUCGGCCUCUCAUUGCCGACACCAUUAUGUCACGACCGGCCUCCCGGCUCGGCGUGCUUUCCAUAUUUGAAGACCGGUUUCAUCCCUGCUCCUCGCGGAUGACAGCCGUUGCUUGUUUUCUCAGAUCGGCCUCUCAUUGUCGAUGUUAUUAUAUCACGACCGGCCUCCCGACACGGCGUGUUUAUCUUUUGAAGACCGGCCUUGUCCCCGCCCCUCGCGGAUGAAGACCAUUGCUUGAUUCUUUCAGGUCGGCCUCUUACUGCCGACACUAUCAUGUUAUGUUCAGCCUCUCGGCAUGACAUAUUUAUCUUUUGAAGACCGGUUUCAUCCCCGCGCUGCGUUGGAUGAGAGCCGUUGCUCGGAUAUAUCGGCCUGACCGGACACUAAUGCCAUCUCCAUUAUCAGGACCGACUGCUCAGCGAUAUUAUGAUCAUUGUAUAUCGGCUCCCAAUGCCAACCUUCUUGAGUUACCGAUCGGGCUCACCCCUCCCUUCAGGAGGGUGACCAUGUAACACCCCGGCCCCACCGGACCCGAGGUAGUUACUCCGGAUAAUAUUGCAAUUCAUCAUUCGGUUAUUUCAAGUAUAAUUCCAUAAUUCGAAUAUAUCGACUAAAGUAGUUCGGUCACUUUAUAAUAUAAUUAUUCAGAUGUCGUUGAAUUACAACUGGUAAGUGAAGAGUAAAACGAAUAUUUUAGAAUAUCUAUGAUUCGGCCAAUUUAAUUAAAUUUAGAGACGUAAUAGUUCGAAUGAAAUAAAUCUGAAUUUAAGUACCCAACUACUAUUUUCACUAAGAUUAAUUUAGCCUCUGUACCGCUAUUGGAACUUUCAUAUGAGUAAAUAAAGUCGAAUUGAGAAUUUGUAAAAGUGGUAAAAUGCAUGGCCGAUUAAAUUAAAAUAUGAUUUCGAUUACUUUAUGUUGAAACUGGAUUGAUUGAACUAUUAUAAUAAGAUGGACCGAGUAAAAGAUCUAAGAUGGACUACUAAUGAUACGAUUAAACAUAAGGAAUGAAAUAUAUUAUUAAUAUUCAAAAAAAAAGAAGGGAAUAUUUAGGUAAAGAGUUGGGAAGUUAUUAAUUUGGAUUUUCAAUAAUAGAGGUCGAGUUGAGUGAAGAACAAGAGUGAAGAAUUAAGUAGAAUACUUGAAGUUUGAGGUAAGUUUCUCUGCCGAUCCAAAAUUGUUUCCUCGUAUUAUAUGCUAUUAUGUGAUUAAUGUGUGAAUUUUGAGUUGGAUUAUUUGAAGUGACAUUAAAUUUAUGGUAUUUGAGAAAGUUGAGUUAUGGGGUACUAGAUAUUUUUUUAAAUACUAUUGAGAAUAUUUUGGAGACUUGAGUGUUUUUAAGAUGAAAAUUAAUAUUUUCAUAAAGGAUGAGCACCCGGGAGAAAUCCGUGGUGUCGGUUGUUCCACAUCCGGAUAAAUGUGGAAGGUGUUUAGGAUUACUACUACUUGGAGUACAGUUUUAGUAGGUCGGUAGCCAACCCGACAUUCGGAUCAUUGAUCCCAGGCAUAGUAGUAGUAAUUCCUAAUCACUUGAUUUUAUAGAGGAGGAGUAGUUGGUAGACUGAGUCCCGACUACUCGAGAUGACUUACUACUCGGAGGGCUUGGAAUCCCUUUUAGGGGGUGUGCACACUUAAGGUAGUCGUUUCGAUUCCAAUAGUAGUAGUGGUGGGAACCGGUUUCCGGGAUGAGCUCGUAAUUAACAACGACUCAUUGGGCUUCGGGCAUAAGUAUCCGAAAGUACCGCUCAUCUUAAAAGAAAGUAGGAGAUGUAAUGAUAUUGGUUUUGAAAAUAGACAAUGGAGAGUAUUUUCAAAGAGAAAUUGAGUGUAUUAGCUAUAAAUCAUAUUUUGAAAAGUGAUACGUGUGAGUUAUAUUUAUAAGUACUAUUUGUGACAAAUUACAUUAUUUUACGGGGUUGGGUAGUACUUACUUAGCUUUCGCUAAUUUUUAUUCUUUAUGUGUUUUGUCCCGUUCCCCAUAUGCGAACAGGUGAUGAUGCUAAUGUUGAUUGAUGACUGCUUGAGCCUGAGAGCGUUCUAGAAGAUACCUUAGUUAAACCUAGUCUGGAAUAAACAUUUUAUUUAUGUUAUGAACUCAUAGAUUAACUAUUACUAUUUUUUUUGGCCUGUGCAUCCGACUAUGUUUGGUCGGAUGUGGCGGUAACACCUUCUUAUUUCAAGAUUUCCGCUGUAUUUCGUCAAUUAUAUUAUGAAUGAAUAAAGAUUUUAUUUCAAAC